AUUAUUGAUUCAUAAUUCAGUCUUUUAGUCUCGUUCACUCUCUAAAUACUUAAUCAGUGAUAAUAUCAACUGAUUCAGAUAUAAACUUUGUUAUUCUCUUUCACUCAACUUCAUUUUUCUCUUCCACUCUUCGAAAACACUUGAAUUGGUUGUUGAUUCUCGUAAUUGAAAUGUCAAACUUUUUACUCUUUAAACUUCUUGUUGAUUUAAUUGAAGUAUUGAGUUAAUAAUUGACUCAUAUAUCAAUUUGAUAAUCAAAAUGGCAUAUGCAACACCUUCCAAUUUCAAUCCAUGGGCUACUCAAAGGUUUUCUUCUUCUUUUUGUUCUUCACCGGUUGAUUUGGGCCUUCCCUUCAAGUCAAUCUCCAUGAAAAAGCCCACUAGGAGGGUCAAGAUUCACUGCGAAGCGGCUUCUUCCGUGCUUACUUUACCGGAACAGCCCUUGCCGGACGGGGAAUCUCCGCCGCCGUCGCAGCCCAAAUGGAAUCUCCUCCAGCGAGCGGCGGCGGCGGCGCUGGACGCGGCGGAGGGCGCGUUGGUCUCACGCGAGCUUCAACGACCGCUCCCGAAAACUUGGGACCCUGGCGUCCAAAUCGCCGGGAAUUUCGCGCCAGUUCCGGAACAGCCGGUACGGCACAACCUCCCCGUUGACGGCGCCGUCCCCGACUGCAUUAACGGCGUUUACGUCCGGAAUGGCGCCAACCCGCUCUUCCGGCCCAAGGCGGGCCACCACUUGUUCGACGGCGACGGCAUGGUCCACGCCGUCACAAUUAACGGCGGGUCCGUUAGUUACAGCUGCCGGUUCACGGAGACCGAGCGGCUGGUUCAAGAAAGAGGAUUGGGCCGGCCGGUUUUCCCCAAAGCCAUCGGCGAACUCCAUGGCCACUCCGGUUUAGCAAGACUACUUCUCUUCUACGCCCGCGGCCUCUUUGGGCUCGUCGAUCAUAGCCGCGGAACCGGUCUGGCUAACGCCGGUCUGGUCUAUUUUAACGGCAGACUGCUCGCAAUGUCCGAAGAUGAUCUCCCUUAUCACAUCCGAUUUAACCCUUCCGGCGACCUCGAAACCGUCGGGAGAUACGAUUUCAACGAUCAGCUCAAAGGCACGAUGAUAGCUCACCCCAAAGUCGACCCGGAAUCCGGGGACUUCUUCGCGUUGAGCUACGACGUCGUUCAGAAGCCUUACUUGAAAUACUUCAACGUUAAAAGCUCAGGGGAGAAAUCCCCGGACGUGGAAAUCCCACUUGACGUUCCGACGAUGAUUCACGACUUCGCGAUCACGGAAAAUUACGUCAUCAUCCCGGACCAGCAAGUGGUUUUCAAGCUCCAAGAAAUGAUCAGAGGCGGGUCCUCCGUGAUAUACGAGAAGAACAAGAAAUCCCGGUUCGGAAUCCUAAAAAAAACCGCUAAAAACUCGGAGGAUAUCAUCUGGGUGGAAUCGCCGGAAACUUUCUGUUUCCACCUCUGGAACGCGUGGGAAGAGGCGGAAACCGACGAAAUCGUGGUGAUCGGGUCGUGCAUGACACCGCCGGAUUCGAUUUUCAACGAAUGCGAGGAGAAUCUGAAGAGCAUUCUAUCGGAAAUCCGGCUAAAUCUGAAAACCGGGGAGUCGACGAAGAGGCCAAUUAUUACAGAGCAGGUGAACUUAGAAGCCGGAAUGGUGAACCGGAACCGGCUGGGCCGGAAAACCCGGUAUGCAUAUCUAGCGAUUGCGGAGCCAUGGCCUAAAGUUUGUGGUUUGGCUAAAGUGGACCUCUCAACCGGAGAAAUGAAGAAAUUUAUGUAUGGAGAUGGGAAAUAUGGAGGAGAGCCAUUUUUCCUGCCCAGGAAUUCGAAUUCAGAAAAGGAAGACGAUGGACACAUUCUGUCAUUUGUGCAUGAUGAGAAGACAUGGAAAUCUGAGCUGCAAAUUGUGAAUGCCAUUAACUUGAAGUUGUUGGCCACCGUCAAGCUUCCUUCAAGAGUGCCCUAUGGCUUUCAUGGGACUUUUAUCACUUCAUAUGACCUGCAAAAUCAAGUAUGACAUAUCUCCCUAGUAUCCUGUUAGUUCUUGGGCGAUAGAUUAUGGACCGAAUCUCGACAAUGAAAGAUAUACCAAAUGGCAAAUUAUAACAUAGACCAACGUUUACCUUGUAUUAUAGACUCUGGUCCAAAAAUAACGUUUAGGUUCUAUAUAUGUAUAUGUAAUUAACACAUUAUAUAUCUCGAGUUUACAGUUUUUGUACUUGUAACUAUCAUAUUAUGUGUCAGUAAUUAUCAAAUUAUUUGUUUACA